GUCGGGGUGGCCAUGGUGCUGCUGCUGCUGGUGGCUAUUCCUCUGCUGGUGCACAGCUCCCGCGGGCCAGCGCACUACGAGAUGCUAGGUCGCUGUCGCAUGGUAUGCGACCCGCAUGGGCCUCGAGGCCCGGGACCCGACGGCGCGCCUGUCUCCGUGCCCCCCUUCCCGCCGGGCUCCAAGGGAGAGGCGGGCCGGCGGGGAAGGGCAGGUCUUCGAGGGCCCCCGGGACCACCGGGUCCCAGAGGGCCACCGGGAGAGCCGGGCAGGCCAGGUCCCCCGGGCCCUCCUGGCCCCGGCCCCGGCGGGGUGGCGCCCCCUGCCGGCUACGUGCCUCGCAUUGCCUUCUAUGCGGGUCUGCGGCGGCCGCACGAGGGUUACGAGGUGCUGCGCUUCGACGACGUGGUGACUAACGUGGGCAACGCUUACGAGGCGGCCAGCGGCAAGUUCACCUGCCCCAUGCCGGGCGUCUACUUCUUCGCUUACCAUGUGCUCAUGCGCGGCGGCGACGGGACCAGCAUGUGGGCAGACCUGAUGAAGAACGGACAGGUCCGGGCCAGCGCCAUUGCCCAGGACGCAGACCAGAACUAUGACUACGCCAGCAACAGCGUCAUCCUGCACCUGGAUGUGGGCGAUGAAGUCUUCAUCAAGCUGGACGGCGGGAAGGUGCAUGGCGGGAACACCAACAAGUACAGCACUUUCUCUGGCUUCAUCAUCUACCCAGACUGA